AUGGAAAGCAAGAUAGAGGUUUUAUCAAAGGAGUUCGUAAGACCAUCAUUUCCAACCCCAAAUGACAAGAAAGAAUUCAAACUGUCUUUGUUAGAUCAGCUUGUACCCUUUCCUUUCAUCCCCAUCAUUUUCUUCUACCAAAAACAGCCUUUUAAUGAUCUGAAAGAUGGUGAUACUAAUUUUGUUGAUCCUCCUUCCAAAGCGAUCCUGGAGUUAAACCAGUCUUUAUCGGAUUGUUUAACUAAGUUUUAUCCUUUAGCUGGAAAGCUAAGCUCAGAUCUUGGUUGUGUCGAAUGCGACGACUCUGGAGCUCUGUUUGUGGAAGCUAAGGUACAGUGUCCUCUUUCACAAGCGGUCAAGAACGCUCCCGCCGACGAGAGCUUGGUGCGGAUAUUAGGCACUUACCCAAGAGACGAAAUACUUUUAGCCGUUCAAAUCAGUUGGUUUGAAUGUGGAAGCAUUUGCAUUGGGGUAUGCAUGUCCCACAAAAUUGCUGAUAUCAACUCCUUGACGACUUUCAUGAAUUGUUGGGCUGAUUUGAAUCGAGGAGAUCGAGGUGGCGGCGCCGCCUCUAGUGGUUGUGCUUAUAAGUCAUUAUCACCCAAUUUUGAUCUGGGGAGCCAUCUUUUUCCUGCAGGGGAUUUUCCUAUUCCUACCGGUAGUAAAGUUGUGAUUCCGGUCUUCAACAAGGGGGAGAAAAUCGUGCACAAACGGUUUUCGUUUGAUAGGGAAAAGUUGAACACAUUGAAACAACAAAUGGUAACGAAAUUGAUCAAAGAACCUACCAAGGUGGAAGUAGUUACCGCUUUUAUAUGGAUGCAAUUGAUCAAUGUGGCCCGAGUCAGAAAUCAUCAUCGUCGUCGUCGUCCUGAUGGCGAUGGCGUUGAUACACCACCAACAACAUUACUGAUCAACAAGCUCUGGCACGCGGUAAACUUGAGAAGCAAAGUGAGCAGCUUGGCCUCGGCCUUAUCAGAAGGCGAGUUCCCAUUUGGGAAUCUUGCUUUUGUGGCAACUGCUUCAUUCACUUGUGAUGAUGAUCAUAAUAAUGGGGAAGAGAGAGAUCUAGUUUGUCUCGUUAGAGAUGCUAUAAAGCAAGUCAACGAGGACUAUGUAUUCAAGUGUUUGGUUGAUGCUUGUUCUGAAAACCAGUCUUUGGAUGGUCAUCAGCAGGAGCAAACAACUGAAUGGACUUUUAGCAGCUGGUGCAGAUCUUCAACAUACCAAGUGGACUUUGGUUGGGGAAAACCCACUCUAGUUGCUCCAGCUGGUAAACCAAAUACUAGCGGAGCAGUUGUCUUAACUAGCAGAAGCUCCGAUGAGGACGAGAUCGAUGCAUGGCUCACCAUUUCGGAAGCCGAUUUAGCGUUGCUCUCAGACGAGCUUCUAUCGCUGGCACCCACUCAUUUCUUUCAAUCGAAUUGA